AGCUUUUGAAGUUGGACAUGAGUUCAUUUCGGAUAAGGAUUUAAUAAAGUACGUCAGUAAAUUCUACAAGAGCUGUGGCUGAGAAGGCAGCUGGCCCAGAGAAGUGAUUUACAGUUUAUAGUUCACUUCAUAUCAAGCCUGAUGAACUGAUGAAGGCCAAAUAAUGGAUAAAAAUGACGAUAGAAAUGUGCUUUUAACUGCGUUAGUAUAAUCGAUUCCCAUUGUUUUCAAACACAAUAUAGAUAGCCACUGGGAACAGAGUUUUUUGUUCUGGUUUUUUUAUGCGAAUAAAAAGCAACGGGGUUCUCUUUUUUAUCAAUACAAAUUAGGUGAUUCCUUGGUGUGAAACCGUGAGAUGGAGAGGAAUUCAUGUUUUUGAUCCAUGUGAUAAAUUUGUGUUACGUUCACAGUGAGGUUGCGAAGGAAGGGCAGUCUUACAAACUCUCAUGAAAAAACGGCCACGGAGUUUGAAUCAACAACAUAAUCGCUAAUACAAGGAAGAAGUAAACGAAUGGAGCACCUGAAAAAGCGAAAGACAAUGAUACCAAAGAUGGAUGGCUAGCAUACUAGCCAAUCUUUGUUUAUUUACAUCUACGAACUUGUAAAUAUUGGAGCUUUCAUAAAUCGACUUUGCGCUUGUUGCUAUAUUCCAGUUUUAACAUCAAACGAAUCUGACUUUCGAAUUUCAUAAGUCAAUAAAAGAUAACAAUGACAUCCAAAAAAGUGUCGGAGUCGGCAAAACGCAAGGUUAUAGUGUACUGAUGAAUCGGGGCAAUUACAAAGAUUAAAGGAGACGCUGUAUGAAAUCGUUUAUGAGAAAUCAUUGAUCGUGGAAUUGCGCAAAGAUGCAUCGGGGAAUAUAGUUUGACAGUACCAAGAGCUGCUCGCAAAGAAAUUUGUAUUUUGCUUAUCUGCCAACUCUAGACUGAUCGCUUAACUCUCUAAACUAGCAAAAGUUUUCAAUUCUAAAAGAAAAUUAAUCUGCUUAUCUGGAUUAACAAGUCAAAGCAGUUAUUACAACAUAGAAAUGUCGGUUCUAGUGGAGCCUAUUCCAUCUUCAAAACAUCACGAUGAAAACACCGCAGGAAGGCUUGUUCUAUGACAGUAAACUUCGUAUUUACCAAGGAUUUUCACGGAAAUGUCUCGACGCUGUAUUUACAUUACCAAUUAAAUUUAUGUGGAAUGGAAAUGUAGUUUUAGUCAGAACAAUCGAUUCUGAUGACGGUAAUUAAGAGAAGAAAAUCAAAUUGAAUCGGCAUCUCAUUUCACCUGCAUUUGCUGAGAUAUCUAGAGCAACGAUCGACCGUAAGAGAAUUUGAGGCGCUACUGGCGAAAGAAACUCUUCGCUUCCUUUCUCUGUUAGAUAGAAAGGAUCUUCGUGAAUGAAAAACGCAGCGAUGAUGAAUACAGGCCGGUUUAGCGUCUUCCUUAUUUGUUUAAAGUCUUUAAUGAUCGCUGAAGCGUUGAUUGAAUAUAAUCAGUUACUUGAUUCGAAGUGCCCGAUACGGGAUACAGAUGCAGACCUUAUCCUUGCCGGGGUCUUUCCAGUUCACGUGGAGGUCACUGCAGAUAAUUGCAACCAGGCAAAUUCAUGCGGAUACAGCCUUGAUAAGCAGAUAGACGGCAGUACAAAGUGCAUUCGCAUUAACAAAAGCGGAAUAACAUGGGUUGAGGCCAUGAUCAAAACGAUACGCGAAAUUAACGAAGACAGGCGACUUCUGCCUGGCAUCAGGCUUGGCUAUAUCAUAUGCGAUGGAUACAACAACAUCGACAGAGCAUUAAACAUAUCACUCAUGCUACAGUCGUUACGCCACACUGUGAUGCGAUACAGCAACGUAACAGAGAACAAGUGUAGCUGUCGAAACAACGACACGCGCACUAUUGUUGGUUUAAUCGGCGGUGCUUCUUCCAAAAUAUCAAUGAACCUUAACUACAUACUGAAUGUGUUUGAUAUUCCACAAAUAAGCUACUCUUCAACUAGUCCAUCGCUGUCCGAUAAAUUUAACUUUCGGACAUUCUUCCGGACUAUACCUCCUGAUACGUACCAAGGAAAAGCACUAGCAGAUAUAAUUAGGUACUUUGGUUGGGCAUAUGUCUCCACAGUGGCUACAUCCGAUGACUAUGGGCGACUUGGUAUAGAGGCGUUUAAAGAGGCGACAAAAGAUCAUGAUAUCUGCAUCGGCGUGGAGGCGUUGUUCGAUAUCACGUUGAACUUGCAGUCCACAAAAGACCAAAUUACAGAAAUCGUUUCCAACCUCAAGGCAGAGACGAAAGCCAAGGUCGUCAUACUUUUCUGUGAAUGGCCCUCUGCGCAGGCCAUUCUACAAGAAGCAGAGAAACAAAACUUGACUGGUAAAACCUGGAUUGCGUCAGAAGCUUGGGGGGAGAAUAACUUCGUAUUAGGAAUAAGGGAGGACGUGAUUGGAGGAAUGAUAGGGCUGAUACCAAUGCAGGGAAACAUAGAGGCAUUUAAAACCCACGUGGUGAACAUCGAUGCUCGCAAUUACGCAAUAAAUACGUGGUUCAAAGAGUACUAUUACAGCACGCUGAAAUGCAAAAAUCUGACUGCAAGCAGCAACGUGUCCAUACAUUUGGACUAUUCCUUUAGCAAAUGCGCCAAUGUUAUGGACGCAGUCUACGCACUAGCGCAUGCGUUGCAUAAAGAGCUUGGGUGUGACGUCACAGGUAGCCUACCAACAACAGAGUGCAAUUGGCUAAAGGAAAAGAAAGCCGUCAACAUGCAAAAUUUGUUGACUCAUUUGAAGAACAUCACCUUUACUGGCGCAUUGGAUGUGCCGAUGAGCUUUGAUUCAAAUGGAGACCCCAUUGGCGGCUACUUAAUAACAAAUCUGCAGAAUAAUACUGACGGAAGCAUGAAAUUCACCCGCAUUGGUCGCUGGGAUGGAAGGCAAAGGCAGCUUCACUUUACCCAGAAUACUACAAUAUAUUGGAAUGGCUGGGUGACACAGGUCAGCAGAUCGUCUUGCAGCAAACCCUGCGCCCCGGGUUAUUUUGGGAUACCUGGAAAAAGCAAGUGCUGCUGGGAAUGCUUUCGAUGUCAAGAUGGCUUCGUCAAAUGGUGGUAUGGCGAAGACAGUUGCAAGAAGUGCUCCGAUGAUUACGUAACAAAUGCAAACAAAACACAGUGCAUAAAGCUUAUCGAGAGAUACCUACAUUGGAGCGAUGUAGAAGCCAUUGUGAUCUGCGUGAUUUCAUUUAGCGGGGGCAUACUUGUGCUCGUCUCGCUCAUUUUGUUUAUUCGAUUGCGAUCGACGCCAAUCGUCAAAGCAAGCAGCCUUGAGUUAUCUUACUUCUUAUUAGUAACACUCCUCAUGAUAUUUCUCACGCCAGCAAUCUACAUUGGGAAACCCACGAAGAUACUCUGCAUAAUGCGACCAAUGAGCACCGGGCUGCUCAUGGCUAUUGCGACUUCAAUACUGUCUGUUAGGGCCUACCGAUACAUGUGCAUAUUCAAACUGAAGUUUCACAAGAAGGCUACAAAGCUACAGGGCCUAUCUUCACAAUUUGCUAGCGUGUUUGUGGCCUCAUUGUCGCCGGUUGGGGUAAUUGCGAUAUACUUCGCAUUCCAAAAUCCACACGUAGUUAAUCGUAUCGUUCUAGACAAAGACUCUCCCAAAGUGUACACAGAAUGCAACUUAGAGACUCAAUAUGUAAGCCUGGGGCUAGCCGGGUAUCUUCUUUGCUUAUCUGUAGUUUGCUGUGCGUUGGCAUUUCGAACGAGAAAGCUACCGGAGGUUUUUAACGAUGCAAAGUGGCUGGCAAUGACUAUAUUUACACAGAACAUUGUCUGGUUUGCGUCGAUGACCAUAUACAUUGCACGACACAAUGACCGUGCAAUGGUAAUGUGUAUCAACGUUUUCGUCAGCGGUUUUGUUAUCUGGGGGUUCAACUUUUUACCAAAACUAGUGACAAUCAUUCUUCACCCAGAACGCAAUAGGAGAGACGUUGUCAGUAGGCAAAUUUUCAUGAUGACAAGGCAUAGGGUGGACCGAGACCAUCCUGGAAAAAUAGAAGCAAAAGCCGUUGAAAGAUAUCUUAGACGCGGCUCAAAUGGCGAGGUUGUUAAUAGAGGAGAGCUGGAAGAGAAGGAGAAAGUUUCUGGCGAUAAUAGGAUAAGAGAACGAAGAUUCACCAAUAUAAACCUUCUAGACCCUGUUGCACUUACAGAUAUAAAUAGAUAAUUGUGCGAAACAACAUUGCUGGUGCAAGGAAAUGCGUCUAGUUUGGAAUUUGGGCUUUGAUAUUUAGCUUUACAGUGUCGAAAGCAACAUAUUUGAAGUGAACAAAAAUUAAUGAAGCAUGCUAAAAGACCUGUAUAUUCCUGCCAAAAUUCAGUUUUACUUCUGGUAGAUUGUUUCUAUGCAUAUGAUAAAGUGUAAUGUACAUUAGGCUAAUAGCAAACUUGCAAGAACUCAGCUAGAAUGCCAAGGCAAUUGAACAGAGACUUUGCAACUGAGUAUAACUGUAGGAUUAUUAUGUCAUCAAAUAUCAUUCGUUUUGAUUUGUAACUUUAUUAUUUAGUUUCUGUAUGAGGUAAAAUAUCUUUUUUUCUUUUGGUCAAAUUAUAAUUUAUUUGAAGUUACUUUAUUUGAAAAUGCUUUAAGAAAGUUCAUUUUCCUUAAAGAGCUGAUAUGUGAUAAA